AUGCGACUGCAGCUUUAUUCAUCAAAAAAGAUCAGAAGUAUCGAACUUUCACUUGGACAAGCUGAUCGGGAGAGAAACUGGCUAUUAGAUGAUAUGCAAAACUUGGUGACUUUAUCCAAGCAAAUAUAUCAUCACGACCGCUCAUUAAAUGCAUUGCUUGAUACUAAUUUGCUGUUACCAUGCUCUCAGGAAUCAGAAACAGAUGUAAAGAUUCAGAAUCCCACAGUUACCGCUAGAAUAAUAACCUACUUAGACGUUCUAUCAAAUAAGAAUUCUGCUUUACCAUUGGAUUCAAGUGUAUGGAAAUGCUUAAGUAAAUGUUUCAAGUGGAAAAUAAUUCUGUUGGGGUUGACUAAACUAAGACGUCAUGACGAAAAACCGGCCUCUAGUGAAAAUAUUUAUGAUCAGUGUUGUCAGAUAAUUGAUUCAUUACAGUAUAAUUAUUUUCAGUACCUCUAUCAACAACGUAAAAAUUUUGAUGGCAGCGUGAAUCUAUUUCAGGAAGAAUCGCAUAGCUACAUACAUCGCAUGGCCGAUAGAAAAUUAUUUAAUAAAUUCGCUAGGAGUCUCGUUCCAUUUCGCGACCCAAUAUGUGCAAGUAAUUCUGUGUCCAUAUCAAGUUCGACUAUGAUUAGCCAGCCUAUGGCAACAACUGCACAAGAUAUUUUCAAUCAAGUUAGAGCUUCCACAUUAAAUGUAGCAACAGCAAAGCAUCGAUAUACGACUGAGACUUUAUAUUUAUCCAAAUUGCAUGCAAAACGAGAUAUAAGAACUACACAUAGGAAUAUAGAUGAACUAUACUCAGACCAGCAUGAUUCUAAAAUCGUUCACGCUCUCCCAUCAACAACACAUCAGUUAGAAAAGGUAAACGUUGAAUUAAUAUCUGCUAAUAGGCUUCAGAAAUCGAAUCCUCUUAAUCAACAGCAGAUAGAAAAAUCGCAGCCUAUAUUUAAGGUUAUUUACGAUGAACAAGAAGCAAAUAUCAAUUCUUCCGAAGCUUUUACAAGUACAUUCUGGGAUUUCCGAUCUACAAUUAUGGAUAUGAGUGAUUAUGACAUUCCUAUGGAAAUGAUAGAGAUAGCUACUAAAUUCGAAUUGAUAUCUGAUCAUUAUAAUACUUAUUCUAUUUCCAAUAGUCUAGAUUAUUCAAGUGUUAGACGCACAACAGAGACCAUAGUAGAUCGCACUUCGGUAUUGCAAACGACAUUAUUAUCAGAAUAUUAUUUUACCGGGGAAAGCUCUACUAGUGUCUUGAAAACGUCAGUUUUAUCUACGAAUCCUGUGAUAAUGUCUACCGCAGAAGUUGUUACGACAUUGUUUUCAGAUGCUAUAACAGUUUCGCAAUUAUCACUGACUCCUGCUAUUUCCUCAAGCUCGACUUUAUCUAUUACAUCAUCACAAUCUACACCAUCAAUGGAUACAUCUUUGCAAUAUCCUCAGUUUAUAAUAUCUUUUGGUCAUGAUUGUGGUUCCGUUUAUCAGACUAUAUUUAAAUUUGCUAUCAGCGUUAAACAAGCUCUGUCUAAACUUCUGCAAGUGCCGAUAUUAUCACUGACUGUACAGGAAGCUAGGUGCAAUCCUUUUGAAGUUAUAAUAACCGGCAGUGUCUAUAAUUACGGCCAGGUUAUAGAUAUGAGCAAUAAGUUAAAUUAUGAAAUUCAACAUCAUGGCUUAAUAGUAUUAUACAAUCAAGCUAAUUAUACAGCAUUGAAUGCUAGUGUUACUUGGUAUUCGUCAGUAUUUACUCCCAAUAUACCCGAAACUACUAGUCCACCAACAACCAACCUUGUACCUUUGGCUAUUACACUGGGUUCUCUGGGUGUUAUUUGCCUCGUAGGAGUUAUUGUAUUUUGUCUACGUGUUAAUAUUAAGCUAAGUACUAUAUGUCGAUGCUUAAACUUAAGUCAUCGGAGAAAAAAUGCAUCGCCUUUUGGUGGAGAAAGUGAUAAUCCGUUACAAAAUUUUACUUCUAUUGUUUCAUCUAGCCGUAUCAACAAAAAUUUUGAGGAAAUGGAUGAAAUAUCAGAAAUAGAACCUUUACAUAGCAAUGUUAAUAUUCCAAAAACGAUCAUCACUUCACCUAGUCUACAUGUCUUCGUUGAUCCUAUAUUAGAGGAUUCAGCUGAAGAAGAGGCAGGAGCAAAUAUAACUAGGAUGUGA